UGGCGGAGAGUUAUUAAAAGUUUUGAUAUUUUUGAUCCCUUUCGAGUUUGUUGUUUAGAAGCAAUAAUCAUAUCAUAUUACGAUAAAUAUAACAUUGUAUGCUACCAAAUAAAUAAUAUUAAUAAACUCAAAAGUGAUUGUAGCCUUGUACCAUGGAAUAUAUGGAAGAAAACGCCGACCUGGGAAUGGCACCGGAUUCACAAGCGAAUAGAGCAGUAAUAAACUCCCUGAAUGUGGACUGUUGGCGUAUUAUCUUUGGUCACCUGACGGUGCAAGAGCUCAUGCAGACGGAGGCCACCUGCAGAGAUUGGCAGAAGCUCGUGCUUGACCAUAUGUCAUAUCGCCAAAUUGUGAUUCAAGAGCAUCAUUGGAACGAAAAUACUUUGAUAUUAAGAAAUACAAGUGACAUAUGGCCGUCCUUUAAAAGUUGGCUGAAGAAAUGUGGACCUUGGGUGUACAAGUGGAAUACUGACUGUCAGAUCUUCGAGGGUAUCUUUGACGUUCUUAAGGAGUACUGCCCUAAUUUGACAACCCUUAGGUUGAGCAAUUUAAAAGAGAAACUACCGCUAACCAACACCGUGCACUUCCAGAAAUUGACACGCCUCAUUUUAGAAAAUUGCGAUGGGUUAACAGAUGAUUGCAUCAAUCAGUUUCUAUCGAGCGAAAUGACAGAUUUGUUCAUAAAAAUAUCAGAUGAAAGUCUCAUCACAGGCAGUUUUCUAAAUAAUUUGAAAACGGAUAAAUUGAACAGCCUCGCACUGAAAUAUUGUAACAGUUUGAAUAUUUCUGUACUCCUUUCGUGCGCAGAGCGGUUGAAAAAUCUGACAACUUUAAAACUCUCGAUAGUAAAUCGGAGUGACACUGCUAUUAGGGGCCAAGUUCAUUUGAUUUUGGACAAAAUGCCAAAUUUAGAAGAGAUAGAAAUCGACGUCGAGGAUAAGUCGAUAAGUUACUUUGAACAGGAUCGUCGAAUAGAGAGUGACGUGUUUUACUACUCCGUGAUCCGACUUAAGAAGCUGCGCAAGAUCAACGCGAAUUUCAGUUUAUGGGGUUACCAUUUAGGAGCAUUGGCGUAUAGCUGUAAGGAUUUGACGAGUGUGCGCUCGCCUUGUAAUAAUAUAGAUGUAGACAGCCUUGCCUUCUUGUGUGAGACGCUGGGACCUCAACUCUGCGAGCUCAACUUAUCAGGAAGCUGCCUUCUGCCACAAAACUAUGUCGCGUGUGUGUACGCCUGCCCGAAACUAAUGUGGCUGGACGUAUCAGACUGCGUCAAAGAAGUCGAAAUAGAAGAAAUAGCAAAGGCGCGUCGAGACAUGCGCGCCAACUUGCUCGCGAGCAAGUACGCUAGCGAGGCCGACAACAAUCUUCGCUUCAGGCUGCAAUUGGUCGUCCGAUUUCUUUGGGACUUUGAUGGCUCCGACCACAAAAUCAGGGAUGUGAUCCAGUUACAAUACUCAUACGAUGAACUCGACGAUCCAUACGACGACGUACUUGAAACAGUUGAAAACACCGACGAUGAAAUUGAAACAGUUGAAACCAUUAACGACCAAAUUGAAACAGUUGAAAACAACGACGACCAAUUUGAAGAGUCGUAAAGAGAAAUGGUCACUUAGAACACUACAGCAUUUUCCUCUCAAGUAUGUAGUUAAAAUUAUUUGAGCGUUAAUUUUAAAACUCUAUGAAUGUGCACGUUACAGAAAAAAGUUUUAACAAUUUUAUGUUAUAAAUUAAUUUAUUAAAUUAAGAAAUUUUAUGUUGUAAAUUGAUUUAUUAAAUUAAGAAAUUUUAUGUUGUAAAUUGAUUUAGUAAUAAGAAAUUUUAUGUUGUAAAUUGAUUUAUUAAUAAGAAAUUUUAUGUUGUAAAUUGAUUUAUUAAUAAGAAAUUUUAUGUUGUAAAUUGAUUUAUUAAUAAGAGAUUUUAUGUUGUAAAUUAACGCAUUCACUUUCACCAACGCAUAUACGCGUUUUCGUUACUUUCACCGCAGUGCCUUCAACGCACAGACUCUUUAGGUGUGUAUGUAGUGACAUCUAGCAUGAGUUCUGCGUUUUGAAGUGUUCGUGAAUGAAUUCGUAUGAACUCAUAUGUGCGUUG